GGAGCCCAAGUCUCCUUGGGCCCCGUGCCGCGGCCUAGUCAGUCUGACCCGGUCUCGGGCGCCAUGGGCGGCAGCGAGAGCGUUCCCCGGAGGGUCACCUUCGAGGCGGAUGAGAACGACAACGUCACGGUGGUGAAGGGCAUCCGGCUCUCCGAAAAUGUUAUAGAGCGUAUGAAAGAGCCUUCCUCCCCCGGUGGAAAACCUCAGCAGAAAUUGGGGUCUAGUGAUCAUGCCUCUGAUGGUGGAGCUGCAGUCAACGAAGAAGAACUAAAGAAAAGAAUAGCUGAAGAAUUGGCUUUAGAACAAGCUAGGCGAGAUGCUGAAGCUCAGAAAAGAUUAAAACAAAACCAAAUGUACAUUCAAGAUGAAUUCAAUAAAGUCCUUGAGCGAGAGAGGAUCGCCUCCAGCGAGCAUUUGGCUAGAGCCAUUCUCAGAGAGAGAGCUGCAAGUGAAGAUGAACACACUAAAUCACAGCUGCUGGCCAAGCAGCUGGAAGAAAAGGAGAGAGAGCUGAAGAAGCAUGAAACUUACUACAAGGAACAGCUGGCCCGCCUGGAAGAGAGGAGCUCACAGUUCUACAAAGUCACCACCGAGCAAUACCAAAAAGCUGUUGAUGCGGUAGAAUCCCGAUUCAAGCGAUACAAGUCAAACCCGGUGUGUGCCGAUCUGCAGAGCAAAAUCCUCCAGUGCUAUCAGGAGAACCCCAAGGAGACCCUCAGCUGCUCAGCUCUGGCCAACGAGUACUUCAAGUGUGUCCAUCGCGCCCGGCAGUGCCUGGCUGGCCGAGGAGGAUAAAGGCUGCUGCGCAUCAAGUGUCCAUCCAUCAACUCCAAUUCCAGCAUCGGGAUGUGUGUGUGAGGGGAGGGGGGUUAUUCACGAACAAUCCAGCGGCCCAUUUACAGGGCAGACGGACAGAGCAACAUCUCCAGAAGGGCCAGAUCAAGGCCAGCGGCCAUCCCGGCUCAGUCACUGAGGCCUUGACCUUUAUCUCAUCAUGCUCGAAAUUGCAUAUCUGAGGGCAGCUCAUAAAACCCACUUACUGGUAAUUGAAGGAAAGUGAGGCCCAAACCUUCUGCUGACCCUAGGAGGAUGGAGAAGACCUCUCCCCCCCAGUCCUGUUGUUUUUGCUGCAGAUGCUGCUCACCGGCCCGCCUCGGCUGCCUUCCAAACCUCGUUUCCUUUUGCAUAAUCGGGAAGGUGUGGGUUUAAUUUAUGGCAGGAUUACGUCGCUCUGAAUCGGUCACGCUGGAAUCAUGUUUCUGAAACCUCCGUUGCCUGGGAGUUCAUUGAUUGCAAAUUAUGAUUAUAAUAAGGCCUCUGAUUACAUUGUGACGGUCGCUUAUGAGUGGGCUGACACCAAGUACUGACAAUUAUGUCCCCUCUGGAUCAGAAAUAAAGAGGCACUUUGCCAAUGGGAUGCUA